GUAUAAAUCUGAAAGGUCCGAGCGACAGUCGAACAGAGAAAAUAGAAGAACCACGAAAAAUUAGAAACUCGACCAAAACUGGAAGAACAGGGGUUUGAACUCAAACCGGGAGAUCGAUUAGAAACUUAAUAGGCAACAGCACCGCCGCAAAAUAGUGUAGAUAUGGUGUUUGUGAAAAUGGGUAAAUGGAGAGGUUUUUUGUCGAAUCUGUUUUCAGUGAAGAAAAAGUUCUUUCAUGGGAAGGAAAUGUUCAUAGUGGUGUAUUUCAACGGAAAAGAUGGUGAUUGAGGUAGAAAGUUAUGAAGGCGAGCUUCAGUGUAUUCCUAUUAUGCAGUGUGUGUGUAUGUGUGUGUGAGUGAAGAAUUGAGUGAAUUUCUUGCAAGUGUGUGUGUGUGAAUUGGUAUUUUUGUUACAUCGCUUAUGAUUACUGUGACAUUAGAUAAUUUUGCAAUUACAAGCUACCUCCAAGGAAUGACAGAUAAGUAUAAUAGAAAAUCAAGAAUCUUUCUUGAGUUACUUUGUUCCAGUUCAGUGGUUAACAGAUUAAACAGUAUAUGCAAUGUAGAAAUCAAUAAUUAAAUCAAGAUUUAUGGCGUAGAAAAAUGAACUCUCACAUGGUUGUACAAGAUAAAAACAAAAUUUCUCAAACUCAUACCUACUCCCUUUGCCGGCCUGGCCCCCGAAAACCAAUUGAAAAUUCCCACGAAAAAGACCGAUUGUGUGAGGGAUUUGAAGCACUCAUUCAUUUCCGGAGUUCCUUUUGUUGGACUCGUACUAUUUUUCUUGGUUCUUCAACUCGAGAAAACCUCAAAUAGAUCAAGAGAAAGAUGGCUUAUGCUGUUAUAACUUCCAUUUUGACAACUAUAGAGCAAGUCUUCCAAUUCAAUCCAAGAUUGAUUUCUGAAAGUAGAGAAUCCAUUGAUUCACUUUAUGGAACACUUUCUAUCUUACAAGAUUUCCUUGAGGAUACGGGAAACUGGAUCAAUGAUCAAGAUGCAUUGAAACUCUUGGAAAAGAAGAUCAGAGAUGCAGGAUAUAAAGCAGAAGAUACAAUUGAUUGCUGCCUAAGAAGAAUCCAUGUGGCUGAUACUGAUCAUGAACAGAACAACGCCCGUCGUAAGUUUUAUGACGAGUUACAGGAAAUAAUAGAAGCAAUGGAUUCCAUACAAGGAGAUGUGAUGAAGUUCAAGAAUGUCCACAAACGUAUCAAAGAUGUGCCAGCAACAACUUAUUUACCUCCCCGCUCACCUGGGCGUGUCUUGGAUGAGGAAAAUACUCUUGUUGGGAUGGAGGAUGUCUUCAACAACAUAAGAGAUCAGCUCUUUGGACAAACACCAGCAUUGAAUGUUGUUUCAAUUGUUGGUAUGGGCGGUAUCGGUAAGUCGACUCUUGCUAGAAGUUUAUUUAAUCAUCCAUCAGUAUCCCGACGUUUUGAUAUUUCUUCAUGGGUUACUGUUUCUCAAGCAUAUAAUGCAAAGGAAAUGCUUUUGGAUGUCCUAAGCUUCGGUAUUCUAGAUGGGAAGGCAAUGUACCGCAAUACGAGCGAAGAUGAAUUAUUGGACCAAGUGCGUAGAAAAUUGAAAAGGAAGAGGUAUUUGAUAGUUUUGGACAAUAUAUGGACUAUAGAGGCUUGGGACGAAGUACGAAGAUCAUUUCCCGAUGAUGAAAAUGGAAGUCGCAUAAUGAUAACUACUAGGCUCCUCGAAGUAGCUAAUUGUGCUAGCAAUGAUUUCUCUCCUCAUCACAUGCCUUUGCUUAGUCUUGAAGAUAGUUGGAAAUUACUAUCUCUUAAGGUUUUUGGAAAUGAAGAUUGCCCUCCUCAGCUUGAGGAAGUAGGAAAUCAGAUAGCGAAACAAUGUCAAGGGCUAGCUCUCUCAAUUGUUGUCAUCGCUGGGCUUUUGUCAAAGAUCAAUAGGACACAUGACGAAUGGCAACAAAUUGCUGAUAAUGUGAAUUCCCACAUAGGUUCAACCUCCCGGCAGUGUUUAGCAAUAUUAGCUCUGAGUUACAACUACUUGCCUUGUAGCUUGAAAGCUUGCUUUCUUUAUAUGGGGGUUUUCCUUGAAGAUGCAGAAAUUCCUACAGAUACAUUGAUUAGAAUUUGGGUAGCUGAGGGUUUUCUGAAGACAAUUUGCCAUAAAAAGCCAGAAGAGGUAGCAGAAGAGUGCCUAGAGGAUCUAGUUAGCAGAAGUUUGAUUAUGGUCAACAGUCGAGGAUGGGUAAGCGGAAAAAUUAGAACUUGCAAGAUUCACGACCUCAUUCGGCUAUUAUGCUUGAGAAAAGGAAAAACCGAGAAGUUUUUUCAUGUCAUAAAUGAAUGUUACGAAGUGUCGUCAGAAGGCGUGGAGAGUGAACACCGACUAUUGUUGUAUGAAGAUGCUGUGCAAAACCAGAAUCUCGGCCUACAGGAAGGUAAUCUGGAUUCAGUUCGUACCAUCUUGUGCAUCUGUGAACCGUGUACUUCUAUGCUCGAAUUUGAAUACUACAAAAUAGUGGAUACUCGUUUUCAGCUGCUAAGGGUAUUGGAUGUACUAAUGAUUCUCUUUCAACUUUUUCCCACUGAGAUAACACAAUUAGUACAUUUAAGAUAUCUUGCUUUUACCACCGGUGGCGAUGUUCCAACAUCAAUUUCUAAUCUGUGGAAUCUACAGACAUUGAUUGUCGAGCCAACUGAAAAUCAAUUAUCCUGGCCAGUAGAAAUUUGGAAGAUGUCAAGUUUGAAAUAUUUCCAGUCUGGGGGAAUGAGUAUGCCCGUGCCUGCUCCUCCAAAGGCACAACAUAUUUUGGGUUUAGAAAAGUUCAAGAAACUUUCACUAAACGAAGCUUCUUCCAACUGGGAGGAAAUUUGUAUGGCUGUCCCGAACGUAAAGGAAUUGGAUGUUAUUAUCAAUUUAGAUAUACAUCCUAAUGGAUGGAAUGAUUUUAUUGGUAGUCUCAUAUGUCUUGUUGAUCUCCAGAAGCUAAGCAUUCAACUAAAGGUUUCGUCGCAUCCACUGUUUUUUAUAAGGCGGCCUGCUCAGCUGUGGUACGUGUUCCCAGAAAACCUCAAGAGUUUGACACUUGUAGCGACACAUCUAGAGUGGACAGAUAUGCCAAUGCUUAGCAGCUUACCCAACCUUGAGGUACUCAAACUAGAAUUUUAUGGUUUUGAAGGGAGCAAUUGGAAUCUAGAUGAAGGGGGUUUCAAGAAACUCAAGUUGCUACACAUUCACCAGACGAGAUUGGUGCACUGGCAGGCAGCCAGUGAUAGUCUUCCAGUUCUAGAGUAUCUAGUCCUAAUGUUUUGCUCUGAAUUGGAGGAGAUUCCUAGAGUUAUCGGAGAUAUUCCCACAUUAAAAUUGAUUGACUUGCAUUACUGCAGCCAAGCUGCUGUUACUUCUGCAGGGGAAAUUCUAGAAGAGCAAAAAAGCAUUGGAAAUGAAGUUCUUGUGGUUACUGUAUCCCCUGAUCGCCCUCCUUCGCUGGAAACUUACUAUGUGUGAAUAGGUAAAAGUAAUUUCUUUAUGUACAUAAAUGUUGAAUCCUUGUGGCUUCUUUAUGUGUUUACUUCUCUAAAUUUUGAAUCCCCUUAGUGAAUGUUCUGGCUCGCCACCGCUUGUGGUCCAUGCCUACGGAGAUUGAGUUUACUCUAAAAUUAUGAGCUCUGGAGACUUUUACUGUGCGUAGUUUUUCUUUUUCUUUUCCAA